AUGGCCCAAUUGAUGGAGCAGCAUGCUGAGACUAUUCAUGGAGCGAGGCCCGAGAUGGUGUAUGAGCACUUCAGGAAGAUAAAUCCAAGGGAUUUUAUAGGAACAACUAAUUCAUUAGUUGUAGAGGGAUGGAUACGAUCUAUAGAGGUGAUAUUCAAAUUCAUGGCCCUUGGGGAUGUUGAUAAGAUGAGGUGCGCUACUUAUUUACUGAAGGUUGAUGUGUUAUUAUGGUGGGAGGGAGCAGAGCUAUCCGUGGACAUGAGGACUCUGUUGUGGAAUAGGUUUAAAGAGGUGUUCUAUGCCAAGUACUUCAUUAUAGACAUACACUCUCGAUUGAAGCGGGAGUUUAUGAGCUUGAGGCAGGGAGACUUAUCAGUAGUGGAGUAUUUGAGGAAGUUUGAUCAGGGUUGUCACUUUUUACCCCUAAUCACAAAUGAUGCAUCAGAAAAACUGAGACACUUUAUGAAUGGACUACGAUCGACCAUCCAUCGUGACAUCAUGAUGGUGAACCCUUUUGAGUACUCUAUUGUGAUUACUAGGGCCUUCCGAGCAGAGCAGACUCUAAAAGAUAUUAAUUUUGAGAUGAGGAGCAAGAGGCCACCACCAGAGCACAACAGCAAGGGAAGAGAUUGUUCAAAUGUCCACAAGAACCUCAAGGGCAGCAACCUCACAAGCUAG